UAGCACAGAUCCAGCGUGCCAGAGUCUUUGGUUCACUCUUGGAUUUUUUUAGGUACUUGUGCUGCUGGAGCUCCUGUCUCAGCCCAUUUUGAAAAUUGGAAUUCCCGCCCAGAGAGACCAAACCACCGAAGCUCUCAACCUUGGUUAAAACCCUGCUUCUCGUAAAUAUACCAACCAGUUAUCGUUUUGCUUUUCAGAUGCUGCCGAGUAAGCCAGUGAAAGCCAGACUGCACUCUUCCCGAUGCGUUAUGAAGCCAUGCAGAAAAUCCAAGCAUGAAUCCGGGUCUUGGUCUCUUUCUUUAGUCAAAAGCGAAGACGAGAAGGAAGAGCGGCCAGUGCCUCUAGCUAUACACCUCCCGGAAGGAAUGGCCGCCGAUAAUAAGCUUCGACCGAGAAGAUUCCCGAGCCUCUUCCCCGUUCCGCCAGCUCAUGACGUUCGGUCGUCGUGUAAAUUCUAUGAGGAAACGGUGCGCAGGAGCUGCCUGAGAAGGUCAUCGAGGCUGUCGGCGUUUGUUGGGCAGGAAAGUGCCACUGUGGGGCCCAUUGGAAGUGUGGAAACGGAAAGUGAUGAUAAAAUUGAAAAUAAGGACAGUAAUUGUCGAAUAAAUAAGGUCAGAACAUUUGUGGAUGAUAAGAGUCUUAGACGGUCGCCCAGAUUUCCUUCCACUUCUGCUGAAGCUCAGAGUGGAAGAACUCUUUCUCUUUCCAUCAAGAGGAAAAGCUCUGAAAGCCAAAGCUUCGAGUUAAAUGAAAAUACAGAAGCAAAAAUUAUGAAUGUUGAGAGCAUGAAAGUACAGGGUUUGAGGAGAUCUCCAAGAUUGACUUCAGCUUCACCUGAAACCAAUGGCAGCUCUUCAGAACCUAUGUUCAAAUCCUCUGAAAAAGUUUCUUACUCUAAAACAAGAUCUUCAGGUAAAGUGAUUGACAAGCUAUUAUGGCCCAAGGAUGUGGAUAAAGGAUCUGUGCCUUCAAAACAUAAUGGCCCUAACUUUUCUGGUGAAAAGCAAAGGAGAAAGUCUCCGAGGUUGGUUGCAGAGACUGAUAAUUGUGGUGGUAAUGAGUCUUUGAGAAAAUUUGAAGUUCAUAACUCAAGUUUUUCUAUUGGAAAGCGGUUAAGAAGAUCUCCAAGAAUUAGUCAGGCUACUAAAAAUAGUUGCAGUAAUGUGUCUAUUAAAAGAUUGGAUACAGAUGAAGUGGGCUUUUCUGGGUUGGGAAUGUCUCCUAGUUUCAUGCAGGCAAUAGAAAAUGGUGAUGGUGAUGUACAUUUUACAGAGCAUAGAAGGGAAAUGAGGAGUGAAAAACAGUUGAAAAUACCUUUCUCACAUUCUACAUCAUUGGCUGAAGUUUGCUGUGCUGAAGUAAACUCUUCUUCCAUUAGAUUAUCCAAUUCAUGUAAUGAACACCCUUCCAAGAAAUUUAAGGUCUCAGCAGCAGAUUCCGAUAUGGGAAAGCCAGAUGAAAAGUUCUCAAAGAAGAUCAAUGACUCGUCUCUUUCAAAAAAUAACAAGAGGAAACACGUGAGUGAUCCAAUAUUUAUUGGCAAUCCAAUCCCUGAUGAUGAGGCUCAAGAAAGGUGGCGUUGGCGGUAUGAAAUGAAGCACAUAAAAUCUAAGAGAAAAAGCGUCUCAUUGGAUGAUGAUGAUGAAGACAAGAUAGUUUGGAAUGUGGAAUGCCAUUAUGCCCAAGCUGAAAUUGAUGGAUGUGCUAUAAAUCUUGGGGAUUGUGUAUAUAUUAAGGGUGAAGAAGCAAAGGAGCACAUUGGAAGGAUAUUAGAAUUUUUUAAAACAACCGAUGGAGAAAACUAUUUUAGGGUCCAAUGGUUUUAUAGAGCUGAAGAUACAGUUUUGAAACAAGAGACUGCUUUUCAUGACAAAAGGCGUCUUUUCUAUUCGACCGUAAUGAAUGAUAAUCCUAUAGAUUGCAUUGUUUCAAAAGUUAGUGUUACACAAAGAUCACCUAAGUUAGGUUUAAAAUUGAAUUCUAUUCCUCAAUCUGAUUACUAUUUUGACAUGGAGUAUUGCGUGGAGUAUUCAACUUUCCGCACCUUGCCAACUGAUGAUUCUUUCAAGAGCUACAAUUCAUCAAACUGCUGUAAGGGGAUUUUCCCUACAACUCCUACAGCCUUUUCAGCAAAUAUUCCUAGUUGUGGAACUCACAAGGCAGAGCUCGCACUGUUAGAUCUUUAUUCCGGUUGUGGUGGAAUGUCAAUGGGAUUAUGCCUCGGCGCCAAAGCAUCUUGUAUUGAUCUAGUGACGAAAUGGGCUGUUGACAGUGAUAAGUCAGCAUGUAAAAGCUUGAAAUUGAAUCAUCCAGAGACACAUGUCAGGAAUGAAGCUGCUGAUGAUUUUCUUCAGCUACUGAAGGAAUGGGAAAAGCUUUGCAAACGAUAUGCAGUUGAAAAUGCAGGAAGAAGAUAUUCAUCAAGAUCCACAACCUCCCAAGCAGCAGGGAAUGAUGCCAAUUCUCCAAAUGAUGGUGAACUUGAAGUUUCCAGUCUUGUUGAUAUUUGUUAUGGUGAUCCAUGCAAGACAGGCAAACACAGUCUAUACUUUAAGGUGCACUGGAGGGGCUACAGUGCAAGUGAAGAUACGUGGGAACCGAUUGAAGGCUUAAGCAAUUGUCAAGAAUGUAUACAGCAAUUUGUAAGAAAAGGUUUCAAGUCCAAAAUCUUACCCCUUCGUGGCAAUGUUGAUGUUAUUUGUGGUGGCCCUCCAUGCCAAGGAAUUAGUGGCUACAAUCGCUAUAGAAAUGUUGAUUCUCCACUGGAUGAUGAAAGAAAUCGUCAAAUAGUGGUCUUCAUGGACAUUGUGGAAUACUUAAAACCAAAGUUUGUUUUAAUGGAAAAUGUGGUUGAUAUUCUGAGAUUUGACAAGGCUUCACUUGGAAGAUAUGCUUUAAGUCGGUUGGUACACAUGAAGUACCAAGCAAGGCUUGGAAUAAUUGCAGCUGGUUGUUAUGGUCUUCCUCAAUUUCGGUUGCGUGUUUUUGUGUGGGGAGCACAACCUAGUGAGAAACUACCACAGUUUCCACUUCCUACACAUGAUGUUAUUGUCAGAUAUUGGCCUCCUCCUGAGUUUGAGCGCAAUACUGUUGCUUAUGAUGAAGACCAACCUCGUGAGGAAUUGGAAGAAGCUCUUGUUCUCCAUGAUGCCAUUUCUGAUCUUCCAGCUGUUGCAAACAAUGAAGCUCGCGAAGAAAUGACAUAUAGAAAGCCUCCUGAAACUGAGUUUCAAAGAUAUAUAAGAUCAAGUAAACAUGAGAUAACUGGUUCUGCAUUAAAUGGUGCUACAAGAAUAAGCAACCCACUGUAUGACCAUCGCCCUUUCCCGUUAUUUGAGGAUGAUUACGCAAGAGUUUGUCUAAUCCCAAAGAGAAAGGGAGCAAAUUUUAGGGACCUCCCUGGUGUAAUCGUUGGAAAUGACAAUGUGGCUCGGAGGGAUUCAACACAGGAAAAAAAGCUUUUACCAUCUGGAAAACCAUUGGUACCGGAUUAUGUUUUUACAUUUGAACAAGGAAAGUCUAGAAGACCUUUUGCAAGAUUAUGGUGGGAUGAGACAGUGCCAACUGUAGUAACUUUCCCUCAAUGUCACAGCCAGCUUUACAUCCGGAGCAGGAUCGAAUUCUCACAAUCCGAGAAUAUGCAAGGUUGCAAGGUUUUCCUGAUUAUUAUAGAUUCUGCGGGACAAUUAAAGAGAGGUAUUGUCAAGUUGGGAAUGCUGUUGCUGUUCCUGUUGCUCGAGCCUUGGGAUAUGCAAUGGGCAUGGCGUUUCAAAAACAGAGUGGAAAUGAACCACUGAUGACACUCCCUCCCAAGUUUUCUCUUAGGACCAAUACCCAGUUAGCAAAAUCAUUGUCGCAAAACCCUUCUUGAAUUCAUAUGUUUAAGCACCUUUGAUUGAUUAUUUGUAUCACUGACAUAAAUUUUUUCUUGCAAGGCCAUGCUUGUAUCCAGGAGGUGAGCAAUUGGCAACUGGCAAGCUUGCAAUCUGAUUCUCUUGUAAAAUCUCAUAACUAACUGACUUUAUUUCUCAGAAAAUCUGUUUCACUCUUCCCAUUAAGAAACUCAUGAAACUUCUUUAGUUUGAAGUAGCCACCUUUGUUUGUAUGCUGAUUUAUUUCUGAAAAUUAUUAUUAUUUGAAAGAAAAAAAAAUUAUGUGAAUGAGAGAAAGAGAAGGGGCAUGGAUGAAUGCUCCCCAGCAUUUAAAGCUUGCAUUAAUUAUGAAAAAUGAAAAAUGCGGUAAGGCGUGCGUUUAUGCUA